AAAGGGGGGGGGGCAUGGAAGCCUACUCCCAUAAGCCCCCCUGAACAAAACGCCCCUGGUGGCCAUUGUUGUGCCAAGGGUAGGAGAUUUCGCCUUCACCAUCCACCGUGAUCCUCAUCAUGAAAAUGCCAGAGGCUAGCAUCUGGAAGUGCAAUCGGACCGGGCCGUUUGGAUGGUAGAGGCUGCUCACCUCUUUACUGAAGUCUUUACAGAAGUAAGCAUGUUUGCCCCAGCGGCAAAGACGGCAGGAGAAGGAGUUGCCCACAGGGUCGAUGAUGGUGACUUCAUCGUCGAUCUCGUCUGCCCAGUCAUUCCAGAAGUUUUUUGGGAUGAAGAAAGAACGUUGCUGCAGAAAACAAAAACAGAAACAAAGACGUAAGUAAACAAACUUGAAAAAAUCAAACAGAAAGCAACAAGGGUAAAGAUCUAGUGUAGUGUAGUGUUGCAAACUUACAUCUUCCCGAUCCCACUGGAUCGUGAAAGCUCUCCAGUUGAAUCCCCAGACGGAAGGUUCCAUGAAUCUGGUAGUGGAGUGUUCUGGGAAAGUUGAAGACGAGAAAGGAGAAGAUCUAGUGUAGUGUUUAGGGUUUGUGAGUUUUCCUUAUUUGCCUCAUGGAAGUAUUUAUAUAGUUGUGGAAAGGUGGUGAGUGCGGAUGUGAAGGUUUAAUAAAACGUGUUCAUUGAUUACCCCACUACUUCGUGUUCCGCAAUGGUUCAUUUUCCCGGAGUGAUUUGAAUCGUUUUGCCCUUUGGAUCCAACCUUUCAUUUAAUCCUACGGUUUGGACGCGGCCAGGCUUUGACGUUGAUUUAAUCUAUUUAAAUGGAACCCUUUGGAAUCUUAAUCAAUGGUGGAGAAUGCACGGUUGCACUAAUUCGAAGUACAACUGAGCGUAGAUUACCAGUAUUCUAACUUUGGAUGAUGAGAUGGAGUAAUUUUUUUUUCGGAAAAAUCUCCUAAUAAUAACCUCCGAAACAAAAUUUAAUGUUAAUAAUAUAUGUGGGUUUUUAUUUAAAAAAUCACACAUAUUUUUAUUUAGUUAAAUAAUGAUUGUUUAUUAGCUAAUAUACAAUUACGUAAUGAAGUUACAAAUUAGUUAGGAUUUUAGGUAAAAGUUUUGUGUUUAUGAAAGAUUAAGGCCAAUUAACAAAGGUUGUGUGUUACUAAUAGGUUUAUGAUAAUUAAGGCCCAUUAACAAAGGUUGUGUAUUAAUAGGAUUAUGAUAAUUAAGGCCCAUUAGCAAAGGUUGUGUUAAUAGGAUUAUGAUGACCUUAUGAGAGUGAUUAGGGUUUGUUGACUAGGAUAGUGCAUGUGUGAUUAUGGGUUGCUGACUAGGGUUUGUAGCACUAGAGGUGUGAUUAGGAGUUGUUGACGAGGAUGAUGACCUUAUGAGAGUGACUAGGGUUUGUUGACUAGGAUAGUGCAUGUGUGGUUAUGGGUUGCUGACUAGGGUUUGUAGCACUAGAGGUGUGAUUAGGAGUUGUUGACGAGGAUGAUGACCUUAUGAGAGUGACUAGGGUUUGUUGACUAGGAUAGUGCAUGUGUGGUUAUGGGUUGCUGACUAGGGUUUGUAGCACUAGAGGUGUGAUUAGGAGUUGUUGACGAGGAUGAUGAUGACCUUAUGAGAGUGAUUAGGGUUUGUUGACUAGGAUAGUGCAUGUGUGAUUAUGGGUUGCUGACUAGGGUUUGUAGCACUAGAGGUGUGAUUAGGAGUUGUUGACGAGGAUGAUGAUGACCUUAUGAGAGUGAUUAGGGUUUGUUGAGUAGGAUAGUUCAUGUGUGGUUAUGGGUUGCUGACUAAAUGUCUGAUAAUUGAUAUUUUGAAAAUAAAAAUUUAUUUUUUUCAAAAUAUCAAUUAUUAGAAAUUCAUCAAUAGGAUAAGUUAAGUGUGAUUACGGUAGAUUAGGAUUUUAUGAUUAGGAUAAUUUAGGUUUGAGCAGCACUUGUUAUGUAAGAUUAUUAUAAUUAAGGGUGUUUCACAUUGUAGUUGAUUAGGUUAAUUAAUGUGUGAUUAGAUCUAUUUGACUAAGAUUAUGACGUAUAGUGUUCAUUAGGACUUGUUCAUUAAGAUCAUGACCCUAAUUAAUUUAGAACGUCCUAAUUUAUUCAGAUAAUACAGUUAUCGGUAAUGGAAACCGCCUUUCCUCUCUCUCGCUGAAAAUGUCAAAUCAAUUCAAAUCAAAGUAGAUGGAGCCAGCUUGAAAUCGUAGGUGACGUAGGCCUGCGAUAGGUUCAGCUGCGUCAGACGUAGCAGCGCCAGCGACAGAGUUGCUUGAUUGAUCUUUACGGAACCCUAUGAAAAUCAAUCACGGUACAAAGUCAGUCAUUGCAGCACCACUAAAAUGUGAAAGAAAUUGAAAUCAGCCAAUCAGGUCAAGGUUUAUAUGAGACAAAAAGUAAUAAGUGGAGACCUCACAUGUGGAUGGAGGGUUUUAUCAAUUGUAUUAUGGCUACUGAAUUACAUAAAUGACCCCUUAUUAACUUAUGGUGUAUAUGAACUAGGGUAACCCUAUGAACUAAAACUUAAUUAUUGGACCCAUAUAAGCCAUAUUAAGAAGCACAUAAAAAGCAACCUUAUGUUUAGUAAAUUUUGUUUCUUACAAAAUUUGUUUUCAAAAAUUUAAAUCAAUUAUAUUUUGGAAUCUCCCUCAUUUGUCGAACAAGGACAAUAGGGUCAUUAUACGUGUGGAGUGGGGAAUGUAGUAAUGAGGAAAUGGGGACCAAGUACAGAGAUGUGAUGUUACUUCUAUGAAAACUGCAAUUAAAGCAAACUUUGUUUAUCCUGUAGGUUCUGUCACAUUUAAACAAUCACAACGGCUAGUAAAGGCACAUUGCCUAUAUAUAUGGACCUUUACUUUUAUCCAUUUAUUUAAUCACAUUCACCUAGACAAACAAGUUCUUCCCUUGCAAAUUAGCUUCUGUUGUGUGGUAUGGACGCUCCAAUGAUCCACCAGCGUCAAAGAUCCAAAAGAUAUGUGGUUUUCAAGAGUAGGGAGCCCGGGAUAUACUCUUCAUGGGGUGAGUGUAACAAUCAGGUUUCUGGAUUCUCAGGAAAUUUGUACAAGGCAUAUAACAGUGAGGAAGAAGCUUUGUCAGCAUGGAACCUGUACUGGGCCAGAGCAAUGUCAACGAAAUAUGAAAUGGCUCAUGUGGACAUGUCAAUUGCUGGAGAUGUGCAAACUAAAUCACUUCCUGGAGAUGAGUGCAUGCCACAACUUAUGGACAUUCAAGAACCAAUCAAGAGUUCUCAUCCACAUGAAGCCCCAACUGUCAACAAAGAAAUUGUUGAAGGCAAAUUAACAACUGGUGGUGCCAUUCUUUUUGAAAUAUUCGUGGGUGUAAUCCUAUUGAAGAUAUGGCAGCUCAUAUUUUAAAGUGUUGUUGCCUGAUCCACCUAAUUGUUGUUAGGACCUUGUUGUUAAUUAUGCUAAUUUGGGUAUAUAUACCCCAUCAAUGUUUGAGCCUAAUCCUAUAAUUUCCUUUGCAUUUCAAUUUAUGCCUCUUAAUAUUUGUGCCCCCCUCACAUGGAGAUCCAACUACAUAUCCACUGGAUAAAGAAUUUAUGUGCUGAACCAACUUUGUUUAGAUUGAACUAAAUAGUUGAACUAGUUAGUAAGCGUUGAGUUGCGUGCUGUUUAGUUUAAGACAAAAUUAAAAACAAACAUCGUCGUACGACAUAAGUAGUUCAAACCAAUUAUGUGGUGACACGUAACCACACUGGUUUUAGAGGGAAAUUUUUUGUUCUGACAAGCUUCUUCCCAAUGUGGUCCAAAAUAAGAGAAAAAACCAAUCACCAUAUGGACACGUAGCGCGUUUACUUUUGAAGGAAAUUAGGUUUCAGGAGCGAGAGCAUUCAAAUGUAAUCGGUUGGCUGAAUGAAAUCGUGACACGUAAGCUCACCUACUUUAUGUUCAACAAAGGUCUGAAGUGCUUCAUUCACAUUCUACACACUUGACACUUCUAGGAACUGCACCUCUGUUUAAACAAUCCAACAACCAAAGUGUCAACCUUUUUUCUGUCCCAACCGGAAUGUCCUUUACUGAAGAUCCCAUGGAAGAGAUUGCAUCAAUGAACUCUGCCGGUGUUGAAGCAAACAACAACAUGUUGGAGAAGGCUCACAUAGAGGACAAAGGGCGCGGAAACGGAAUGGAUGUUAAGGACGAUAUCUCACAAAUUAAAAUGGCCAUUAAAGCCCUUACUGAAAGGUGACAAAAUCACUUGUGCAAAACAAGGUGAUGAACACUCGUGUUGACGAGUUGAGCUUGACAAUGACCACCAUACAACACUCCAUUCAGCUGAUGGGGAAAUCAGUAUCUGCAAGUGAUGUAACACAUCUGAAGCACACUCCAAAACAAACAACACAAACUGAUGGAAGUCAAAGCUGCACCCCAGUAGCUGCAAGUGAGAACGUAACACCAAACACGACUGCUGUUAAAUCUGUAAACAAGAAACGCGAGGUGGACCUUAUUGGGGAUGAAGACCUUGACUUGCUGACAUAUAUUUCAGAUGAUGAAUACGUGGCUGAUGACAAUGACGAGGUUAUGCUUAGCCAUGAACAACACAAGAGUGGUGCCUUUUCUAUCACAUGGGGUCAAAGAUUCGUUAACCAAUCAGUCAACAAAGCACGCAAGACACCAGAACAGCCUAGCCCUACUCAGAGUCUGAUUCGUGCAUUCAACGUAGAUGAUGGACUAACAGGGAAAAAACUUUUUCAUUCACCAACACCAACCAAACGCAAGGGCAAAGAUUCCAAAGCCGAUGAAGAUGAAGACUUUGUUAGCGAUAGCACUGAAAUGUUACCUUCAUCAGAUCCCCCAAAGCCUGACAAAAAGGGAAAGGGCAAAUUGUCUGCUGCAAGUACUCCAAAAAAUGGGAAAAGGGGUAAAGAAAAACCACCUUCUUCAGUUGCUGAAACACCUAAAAAUAAAGGAAAGGAGAUUGAUACUGCUCUGAAGCCAGUUGAAGCUAUCCUCAAAGAGAUGAAAGAACCUAAGGGUCACACAUUACCUCAGGGGAUUCUAUGCUAUUUUCCCCCAACAGAGGAAAUGCUCCUGGGGAUGACUAAAGUGAAGCUUGCUUGCUAUGUGUUUCAUCCAGCUCUGGAGGCAGGGGAAGUGUUGAUGCGUUUGGGAGACAUGUCAUUGACCAGGCUAGAUUUUCACUGCAUGUACCCAGAGAUAGACAUCAGAUCAGAGAUGGUAACCUUAAUGAGCAUGAAGAGCACAUGCGUGCAACAUGAUGCAAUAACUCCAAUGGUGUGGUCACUUCCACCAGCUUUCGUGGAUGAUGUUUUCCAGGGACAUUCAAUUAAACAACUAACAGAGACAUAUGCUGAAGUCUGGAUGAAACCUUUUGAAAGACUGAAAUAUGUUUACCUUCCCAUAAGAAAUGAAUAUGGCCAUUGGUUCUUAAUGGUCAUCUCCCUAGUUCAUCAAAAGGAUGAUGUUUUCCAGGGACAUUCAAUUAAACAACUAACAGAGACAUAUGCUGAAGUCUGGAUGAAACCUUUUGAAAGACUGAAAUAUGUUUACCUUCCCAUAAGAAAUGAAUAUGGCCAUUGGUUCUUAAUGGUCAUCUCCCUAGUUCAUCAAAAGGUUUUCCAUCUAGACUCAUAUUUGAAUCGGAUGGAUGUUCUACACGUCUGACAUGAUCUCUACUUUGACCACCGCUGUAUCGGACAUUGUCACAAUGGGGGUGUACCCACCAUUGUUGACAAAGCUUGCUGCGAAGUUCCCGUCCUGGAAAAUCAAAGAGGCUACGGGCACACCGAACUGGGGAAACAGCAAACACUCUGGCAUUUGGACAAUGCAUUGGAUGGAGAUGGAGGAUGCAUUCAAUCCAAAUCUUAUUGUCAGUAUGAUGCCAAGCCCUUUGAGGAUGAGGUUGACUCUUUCUUUAUUGACUGGAUGGUACAAUGAGGAGAGGAGGAAGCUACAGACAAGCAGUGAGGCCUUCUGGGAUACUCUGACAAAGCUGAGUUGAUGUUGGGUGGUAGUAGGUCAUGCACAUAGUAGCUUAAGAUUUUUUGAGAACUAGACGAGGUUUUUGGUACUGUGUACGUUCCCCUCGUACUUUUGGUUUGUAAUGUGUAUGAACCUGGUUAAUGGUUUGUAAUGUUGUGGAUCUUGGUGCUUCUGAACCUGCUUAACACUUUUGGCUCGUAAUGCUUACGAAGCUGCUUAUUGGCCUGGGCCCGUUAACUUUUUAUUUUGGGCUGGCCCAGAAAAAUACAUGUAAUUGGAUCUUUAGGUGUUUCUUUUGGCACACUUAUGGAAAAAUAUAUGGU